AUGGAAGUGAUGGAAAUCGCUGGAAAAGAUCCACUAAGAGCUCCAAUAUCUCUUGCUCUCGAAAUAGAGGUGUAUGCGAACUCGAUCGAGUCGGUCUACAGAAGACUUGGUCGAGCUAGACUUACAACGGGUAGAAAGAGGGUUCAGAGGUCACAGAGGGUACAAGAGGAACCUGAGGUGCUUGUUGCUGAUACAAUGGAUGUACCAGAGGGGAAUGGAAACCCUUUGGGCAAUGGACUCGGUCGAGCUAGGCAAACUCGACCGAUUGGUCAAGGAGAUGCUCCAAACCGCCACCAACAGAGACAAGGGAUUGUUCCACCACCAGUGCAGAACCACAACUUUGAGAUCAAGCUGGGAAUGAUCAACCUUGUCCAGAACAAGAUGUUCCAUGGAUUGCCAAGUGAAGACCCCAUUGACCACCUUGAUGAGUUUGAUAGGCUUUGUGAUUUGACAAAGAUCAAUGGUGUCUCUGAAGAUGCCAUCAAGCUGAGACUCUUUCCUAUGUCUCUAGCUGACAAAGCUCACCAAUGGGAGAAGAGCUUGCCCCAUGGCACAAUCACCACUUGGGAUGAAUGCAAGAAGGCCUUUCUUGCUAAGUUUUUCUCCACCGGUCGCACAGCCAAGCUUAGAGGAGAGAUAUCCAGCUUCAUCCAGCGAAACAAUGAGACAUUCGCAGAGGCUUGGGAGAGGUUCAAAGGCUACACAAGUCAGUGCCCACACCAUGGAUUCAACAAUGAAUCACUACUCUCCACUCUUUAUAGAGGAUGCUUGCCUAGGUAUAGGGAGAUGCUAGACACAGCUAGCAAUGGGAACUUCCUCAACCAGGAUGUAGAUGAUGGCUGGCAACUUGUGGAGAACAUAGCUAACUCAAAUGGAAGCUAUGGAGAAGAGUAUGAUCGCACCAACCGGAGCUCGACCCACCACUCGAUCGAGUCAGACGAAAAGUUGAGAAAAGAUGUUAAGGCAUUGAAUGAGAAGUUGGAUAAGCUGAUCCUAGCUCAGUCCACAAUGAAGAAAGUCAACUUUGUGUCUGCUGAGGAGAUGGAACCAGUCCAAGAAGGGGAGGAUACACAAUUUGCUGAGGUGUGCUACAUGAGCAAUGGGCAAGGAGGUUACAACAAAGGAUACUAUAAUUACAAGUCCAACCCUGCCAUGUCAUACCGCAACACUGAUGUUGCUAACCCUCAGGACCAAGUCUAUCCUCAACAACAAGCAGCUCGAUCGAGUCAAGCCACAACAUGGGUAUGGUCAAAAGAACAAUUACCAAGGACCACAAGGCACUUUCCCUGGACAACAAAUGAAUAUCCCACCAGGCUUUCCCCACCAACCGCCCCAGCCUGCACCUUCACAAGAGAAUGA